UCAGAUAUGACAUUUUCUAUAAACAAGAGCCAAUGUUUUGAUGGUUCAGCUGACGGGCGUCGCGGCUCACCGUAGGGACAGCCGGGCGGACCACAACUUUUGUAGAUUAAGUGAUAUUAUAACAUAAAAAAUGCGGAGAUUAUGCAGAAGAGAACUUUUAAUUUUACUAGCCAUAACACUGAGUUGCAUAUCAGUUGUGGCAGUUGGGGAAGUUGGCGGUAACAAAGAUUCAGCCAAAAGCAAUAAAGAAAAUCAAAAAAAUGCAAAAUUACCUCCAUGUGCAGCCUGCAGAGUUCUUACAGAUUCUUUUAAGAAAGGAAUGGAAUCAACUGCCCGAGGAAAGUUUGAGGGAGGUGACUCUGCGUGGGAAGAAGAAAAAAUGAAAUCAUACAAAAAGUCUGAAGUGCGAUUAAUUGAAAUACAAGAAAAACUGUGUAAAGAUGUUGAAAGAGGACAAAAACAGUGUGAAGCUAAUGCAGAAGAACACGAACACCUGCUUGAAGACUGGUGGUUCCGUGAACAGGAGAAUGAGCCAGAGUUACAUGCAUGGCUGUGCAUCAGUACCCUUCGAGUCUGUUGCCCACCAAACCACUUUGGGCCUCAGUGUUUACCAUGCAAAGGUGGCAUAGAGAACCCAUGUGGAGGUAAUGGAAAGUGUAAGGGUGCAGGAACUAGGAAGGGCAGUGGUGACUGUUCCUGUAAUCCAGGAUAUGGUGGAGAGAUGUGUGACUCUUGUACAUAUGGAUAUUAUCAGGCCUAUAAAGAUGAUAGUAAGAUUCUUUGUGAAAAGUGCAACAAAGCAUGUAAUGGUCCAUGUAGUGGGCCUGGUCAGAAGUCCUGUGUAGCCUGUAAGGAGGGUUGGAUAAUGGACACAGAACAUGGCUGCUUGGAUAUAAAUGAAUGCCUAUUGGAUAAGACACCAUGCAAGAGAAAUCAGUUCUGUGUGAAUAAUGAAGGAUCCUACACAUGUUUAGAAUGUGAUAAGGCUUGUGAUGGAUGCACUGGAGAUGGACCAGACAUGUGUGAGAAAUGUGCUGAGGGUUACAUCAAGGAGAAGGAUAUGUGUGUUGGUAAGUAA